AUGAUAAGGCAUUUACUGGACAACGUUGUGCACCGUGGGAUGCCGCACCAUUAUUCCACGGAAAUGUGGGAGCGCACGCACAAGGGCACGGUUAAGGGUCCAGUAAGAGGGAGCAACUGGAGCGACAUUCCACGCCGCAUUGUGGAGGAGGAGGUGCAGCGAGAGGUGUACCGUGAAGUUGCUGUAGACGCGGGGGGUGGGCGACAGUACGCGACCGCAUUGAGCGAGGCAAUCAAGACUACGAAACCGGUGCUUACAAAGAAGUAUCGGAUCAUGCGCAUAGGCGGGGAGUCGGAUCCAGUGCACGAUGAGUACACCGCCGCGCUUGGAGACGACAUGAAGGGGAUGGCCGAUGAGUUCAAGGCGUUGGGGCUGUCUACCAACAACGUGCAGGUCCACACGGCGGUGGCCAUUCCGCGCACAAGGGGCGGAGAGCUAGUGGCAAAAGGGACAUUUGUGAAGGCGUCUCCCCGAGAGAGGUGGUAUUCGGACGUGGCACUGCUGAACAACAAGAAGGGAGACUGGUUUGCAAGAUGUCUGUGCAUCUUCAGGGCGGUUGACCGUGAUGGGGAGUGGAAGGGGUACGCAUACGUGCGGUACUAUGAGGGGGCGGGAAUAUGCAAGCUUACGGGGUGCAAGCAGCUGCACAAGCAAGUGGAGAAGGUGAGGUACUCGGUGGUGGAGUUGAGGAGCCUGCAGAGAGUGGUGCACGUGUGCCCUUCGUAUAGCAACAAGAAGGUGCAAUUAGUGAACAGGUUUUUGCUAUGUGAGUGA